GCUGUGACGUGUCUGCGGGGUUUCCGGCCAUGGCGGUUGGCCGUGCUCCCUGCCCGCCGUUCACCGGCAACGGUCCGGCCGACGGGCCGACGGCCACCGGGCCGGACCGAGGUCUGGACCGUGCCGUAUCGGUCGCGCUCCAGAAACCGCGGCGCGGAGGGGCCGGGAGCUCCGGGGCUUCCGCGCGCAGCCCGCUCGGACCAAAUAUGGGCUUCCUCCGCGCCAUGUUUGGGAAGGUGCGUCACGCAGGAGUCUUUAUAAAGCCGGGAGUCCUCAUUGAAGGAACCUGACAGAGCUCAAGUUCAAGUUCCCAGCGUCAACACGUGAAAACACCAACCGGAAACAAACAUUAGCUGUUUACUCUCCCUGAUGAGUCAGCAGCUUCACUUCCUGACCACUUAAAGCCUCCUCUCCGCCCGGGACCCGGGAGCUUUCGACCCUCCAGCAUUGGCUUCCUCCGAGCGGCGCAGCCCCCAGCAGCGGCAGCGGCAGCCCGACCGGAGCGCCUCUCCGCGGCGGUCUGGAACGGAGAGCGGCUCGGUCCCCCCGCACGAACCGCCCGGUGCUCGGGAGCUCCAGCAGCGGCUGAGCUCCGCGCCCGCCGCGCCCGCCCGCAGAGAGAUGGCAGCGACCAAAGCCGAGCUGCUGCUGUCCGCCCUGCAGAUCUCCGAGCCUCUGGCCGGCUUCCCGCCGCCUCUCUCCCCGCUGGACGGUCACCCGAGGCUGGAGGAGCUGCAGAUGCUGCUGCAGAACGCCGCGGCCGGAGGCUCGCUGCUGGCCGCGUCGGCGGCGGAGGGAGCCGGGCUGCUGAGCGGGGAGCCCGGGGAGUUUGGAGACGCCCUGUCGGAGCUGCCGGACCUGCAGACUCUCACCCCCCGACUCCCCCCCCUGGCCUACAGCGGCCGCUUCAGCUUCGAGCCGUCGGCCUCCGGCAGUGGCGGCCUGUGGGCGGAGCCUCUGCUCAGCCUGUUCUCGGGGUUGGUCAGCAUGACGGCCUCUCCCCCCGCAGCCUGCGGCGUCUCUUCCUCUUCAUCGGCGACGUCUUCGCCGUCACUGUCCCAGCUGAGCUUCAGCUCUGUCCACGUCAGCUGCGGGUCCACUGACGCGGCCUCAGUCUUCUCCGCCGCGCCGACGUACACCUCCGCCGCCGAAACGCCCCCCACCGCCGCUGACUCCCAGCCGGCCCCCCAGGCCUUCCAGCCGCAGGGCUCCCCUCCAGCCUACCCCAUCUCCAGGCUCGGCCUCCAGCCGCCCUCCCUAGCGGUGCCAAUGCUCCCGGACUAUCUGCUGACGCAGCAGCAGGACGCCGAGCUCGGCCCGAGCCAGGACCAGAAGCCCGUGCUGUCGCAGAGCCUGAACCCGCCGCCGCAGCCUCCCCUCACGCCGCUCUCCACCAUAAAAGCCUUCUCCGCGCAGAUCCAGACGCAGCCCGAGGGCCCCCCCUAUCAGGCCCAGGUCACCAAGUCCAGCCGGAUCAGGAAGUCCCCCGCCUGCCAGCAGGGCAAGACGCCACCUCACGAACGUCCGUACGCCUGCCCCGCCGACGGCUGCGACCGCCGCUUCUCCCGCUCCGACGAACUGACGCGCCACGUGCGUGUGCACACGGGCCAGAAGCCGUUCCAGUGCCGCAUCUGCAUGCGCAGCUUCAGCCGCAGCGACCACCUGACCACGCACAUCCGCACGCACACCGGAGAGAAGCCGUUCGCCUGCGCCGAGUGCGGACGCAAGUUCGCCCGCAGCGACGAGCGCAAGAGGCACGCCAAGAUCCACCAGAAGCAGCGGGACCGCAAGGCCCACAGGACCUCCUCCUCCUCUUCCGCCGCUCCCGUCCCCAUCAACAAAACACCCGCCGCCGCCUCCCCCUGCUCCUCUUACUCCUCCCCUGCUCACAGCUCCUCCUCCCCCUCUGCCUCGCUCUUUCCCUCCUCCUCCUCCUCGCUCUUCACCUCCUCCUCCUCCCCCCUCACCAUGCAGGCCGCCUCCCCCUGCUUCACCUCCUCCUCCUCACUGUCACGGGUCCACCUCUACUCCUCCUCCUGCUCCUCUCCAAUGGGGAGUCCUCAGUCGGAGCUCCCCUCCCCCCACAGCUCCAACAUCUGCUGACAGACGGGAGGUCGGCUUGUCCCGUCGUGACCUUUGACCUCAGACUGAAACUCUGCCUUUAACAUGAACGGAGCAUUUUCAACGGAAAACUCACGCAGACGAGAAGCAGCAGACUCUAUCUUUGCGUUCAUCCAGCGGUGACGAGGUCAAAGGUCAAAGGUCAACAGAUCGUUUGUCUCCGUCCUGUCUGACCUGUGGCGGAGCCGCCGCCACGUCGCUGCGUUUCGGUGACUUUCUCUUAAUGCAGCGGGUGAAUGGAUGUCAAUGAGCUUCUGGUUCAUUUUGAGCCCCUUGGGCCACCGUAGUUGUUGCUGGCGUCUGUCAGAUGUCGGGUUAAAACAAGACGUGAACUUAAACCUUCAGCAGUGAACAAAAUGGGUUUAAAAGAAAACUUUACGAACCAAACUUCAUAGAGAAAGCUGCUGAAUUUAAGACACUUCACAUUCACCGACUGUAAAGAGAGUUUCAUACACGAAUGAGUGUAAAUGUGAGAACUUCUUUAAGUGGAAUGUCUGUACAUAAUGUUUACAUGUGGUAUAGUUUACAUACAUGAACAUGUAAAGAGUUUUUUACCUACUGAGUAGGUCCUGGGACAUUUGUGUGUUUACAUUAAGGUCAGUGUCUGAUUUUUUUUACUGAAUGUGGUUCCUCUUUAAAGCAAAGAGCUACAAGAAUAAAAGGUCAAAAUCC